AUGACAGAAUAUAAAUUAGUUAUUGUAGGUGGUGGUGGUGUUGGUAAAAGUGCAUUAACAAUUCAAUUAAUUCAAAAUCAUUUUAUUGAUGAAUAUGAUCCAACAAUUGAAGAUAGUUAUCGUAAACAAGUUUCAAUUGAUGAUGAAACUUGUUUAUUAGAUAUUUUAGAUACUGCAGGUCAAGAGGAAUAUAGUGCAAUGAGAGAUCAAUAUAUGAGAACUGGUCAAGGAUUUUUAUGUGUUUAUUCAAUUACAUCAAGAUCAUCAUAUGAUGAAAUUGCAUCAUUUAGAGAACAAAUUCUAAGAGUUAAAGACAAAGAUAGAGUACCAUUGAUUUUGGUUGGUAAUAAAGCAGAUUUGGAUCAUGAACGUCAAGUUAGUGUAAAUGAAGGUCAAGAACUUGCAAAAGGAUUCAAUUGUCCUUUCAUGGAGUCAUCUGCUAAAAGUAGAAUUAAUGUUGAAGAGGCAUUUUACUCUUUAGUUCGUGAAAUUAGAAAAGAACUAAAAGGUGAUCAAUCAAGUGGCAAAGCUCAAAAAAAGAAAAAACAAUGUUUAAUUUUAUAA